AUGGAAACUUUGGCCAUUGCGGUAAAAAGAGCUCAAGAUAAAGCGGCAGUUCAGCUCAGUGAGCUGGAGGAAGAGAUGGAACAACGGAUACAGGCUGCAGAGCAUAAAGUUAAAAAGGAAGAGAAGCGAAAAGCUGAAGAAGCACUAAAUGAACUGAAGCACCAGUAUGAUACUGAAGUUGGGGAUCUUCAAGUGACAAUAAAAAAACUAAAAAAACUGGAGGAGCAAUCGAAAAAUGUAAAUCACAAGGAAGAUGUGGUUGAAUUGAAAAAAAGAAUGCAUGAUAUGUUGCUGGAAAAUCAGAAGCUAAAGAAAGAUCUUUUAGAAGCACAGACAAAUAUAGCUUUUCUGCAGAGUGAAUUAGAUAGCUUGAAAAGCGAGUAUGCAGAUCAGACUUUGAACACUGAGAGAGACCUAGAAAUUAUCCGAGAAUAUACUGAAGACAGAGAUAACCUGGAAAGACAAAUUGAAAUACUGCAGUCAGCUAAUAGAAAGCUACAUGACAGCAAUGAUGGUUUAAGAAGUGCACUUGAAAACAGCUUCAGCAGGUACAACAGAUCAUUGCGACUAGCAAACACCUCACCAGGAAGUACCAUUUCUAGAAGCAGUCCUAAAUUUAAUGGUGGGCAGUCUCCUCUAAACCCACGAUCAUCUCAUUCUUCUUGUGUGGAUGAAGAUUAUGAUUCUUUAGCCCUUUGUGAUCCUAUGCAAAGGAUAAACUGUGAAGUUGACAGCUUACCUGAGAGCUGUUUUGACAGUGGUUUGUCUACGCUGAGAGAUUCAAAUGAGUAUGACUCAGAAGCGGAAUACAGGCAUCAAAGGAUUUUUCAAAGGUCACAGUGUAUGCAAGAAAGCUUUGGUGGUGAUGCUUCUGAUACAGAUGUUCCUGAAAUCAGGGAUGAAGAAGUGUACAGUCCUGAUAACAGCAGUACAGUUUUAGACUGGAAGCCCUCACGACCAGUAACUGAGUGUUCUCCAAAAUACCCCAGUUCAGAGAAGGCUUACAAGAUUGUUCUUGCGGGAGAUGCAGCAGUGGGAAAAUCCAGUUUCCUUACAAGACUCUGCAAGAAUGAAUUUCGAGGCAAUACAAGUGCAACCCUCGGUGUGGAUUUUCAAAUGAAAAGACUAAUUGUUGAUGGAGAACCUACAGUGCUACAACUAUGGGACACAGCUGGGCAGGAGAGAUUCAGAAGUAUUGCUAAGUCAUACUUCAGAAGAGCAGAUGGUGUCUUACUGCUAUAUGAUGUAACAUGUGAAAAAAGCUUUCUCAAUGUGCGAGAAUGGGUGGAUAUGAUUGAGGAUGCAACUCAUGAGAAUAUUCCAAUUAUGAUGGUGGGAAACAAAGCAGAUCUCCGCCAAGCUGUUACAGAACAAGGGCAAAAAUGUGUGCAUGUAAACUAUGGAGAAAAGCUGGCUAUGACUUAUAAUGCGCUAUUUUGUGAAACAAGUGCUAAAGAUGGAUCUAAUAUUGUAGAAGCAGUUCUUCAUCUUGCUCGCGAAGUCCGAAAACGAAGUGAUAAUCAAGAUGACACUAGGUCAGUGACCAGGCUGGCUGGGACACCUGUCAAAAAAUUGGCACUCACGAAAAACUGUUGCAAUGUUUAA